CACAGGUGACGAUAGUGAUUUUCUACGUGCUGUCAACAAUUGGGGUUUCAUUUUUUUUUCAGAAGAAGUGGAGUUUGGAUUAAAAAUGGCAGAAAAACAGGAUAUACCGAUUGAAUUUCAAACACACAUACAACAGAGUGAUGGAUUAUUUACGACCAGUUAUUCCUAUGUCUGUAAAUGGAACCCGUUUACUAGACCAAAUGCAUUCAAGUUAGGAAAAUGGAAACUUACACCAACACAAAGCAAAAUACCAUGGGAUGACCCACAGGCAAUCAAAAAGGUCCUUCAAGUUCAGGACUUCAGUUCUCUGAAAGUGAAAAUUCCGCCGCAAGACAAAAUCCAGAUAACAUGGAUUGGACAUGCUACUGUUCUUGUUCAAAUAGAAGGCCUGAAUAUACUUGCUGAUCCAGUAUUCAGUGAGAAGUGUGGUCCAGCUGGUUUUGGAGUAAAACUUGGCUACGAACGAUUUACGCCUCCCGCGUAUAAAAUAGAUGAUCUACCACCGAUAGACGUUGUGAUCAUCAGUCAUAACCACCACGACCACUUAGAUUCUCAGUCAGUCAGGGACAUUGCUCGACUUCAUCCAAAGGCAAAGUGGUUAGUCGGAUUAGGUAAUAAGAAAUUUUGCGUUGACAAAGGAUGCGCAGAUGUGGAAGAAUUGAAAUGGUGGGAGAGUAUAAGUAUCGGUACCUUCAGAUUUGUAUGCACGCCAACACAACACUGGUGCCAGCGAUAUCCACUCGACUUCAACCAUGCUCUAUGGUGUGGAUGGGUAGUGGAAAGCCCGAAAUACAAGUAUUACUUUGCCGGGGAUACGGGAUAUCAGGAUGAGCUAUUUAAGUUGAUUGGCCGAAAAUAUGGACCCUUUGAUCUUGCAUCAAUACCAAUAGGUGCUUAUGAGCCUAGAUACAUCACCGAAUUGGAGCGCGUGAAUCCGGAGGAAGCUGUGGAAAUCCACAAGGACAUAAACAGUAGAGUCUCAAUUGGUAUUCACUGGGGAACAUUUGAACUGACAAAUGAGUAUUACUUGGAGCCACCACAGGAGUUGGAAAAACAGAUGUACAACAGAGCUCUGGAUCCAAAGACGUUCUUCAAUUUGCGAAUCGGAGAGACAUGGGCAGUAGGGGAAGACCGGGAUUAUAACCCUCCUUUCAUGGAAAGAGAAAAAGAGGGAACACCGAAACUGACAAAUGGUCCAUUUGAUGUAGAUCUAAGUGGUUAUAAAAGGGAGACCGCUCUGCAGAAAUGCGAAAGUGAUCACCUUCAUAGAACUGACAGAAUAUGCCAGGAUAUUAAGACGAAAAGUGAAGUGCUGCAAACAAAGCGUUCUAAUCCGAAAAGAAUUUCUGCAGAUGAACCAUGGCCACACAACAAUCAGGAAGAUUCUGCAACUGGAAUGAAACCAACAGGGCGUUCUAAACCGAGAAGAAGUUUGUCUCCAGAUGCACCAUCGCCACGCAACAAUCAGGAUUCUGCUUCUGGAAUUAAACCAACAGGGCGUUCUAAACCGAGAAGAAGUUUGUCUCCAAAUGCACCGUCGCCACAAAACAAUCAAGAUUCUGCUUCUGGAAUUAAGCCAACAGGUCGUUCAGCACGAGAUAGAUUAUGACAGUGACAAUAUAUACAGUGCUGCCAGUGAUCUGAUAAAUUGUGUUUUAUGUCUCUCUCCCUCGAGGAACGUAUUCGGACUUGCAUGUGGUUUUACCUCGUACUGCACGAACUUCCCAUUUAUACUUCAAGAACUGUCAAUUAGCAGUCGCAACUGAAUUGAAAAAAACACACACCAACUUUGUGUUUAUUACGCGCUUCCAAAUGCUCGAUAUUGAAUGUACGUGUUAUGUUUAAGGCAUUUAAGCUGAAAUUUUGAUGUUAAAAGAAAUAUAUCUGCAAUUGAAAAACAUAUUAGUGUGAUAUGUUGCUUACGUUAACAUAUUUAUGUUGAUGUUCCGUAUGUUACUUGAACAUACUUUUAAACAAAGUUUUCCCUUUU